UAAUAUUUCUUGAGAAGUAUUACCUAUUUUAAAUAUUAGUCCACUUUUGCCCCAAUCAUACGUUCAUUCUUGAGGUGAGAGGAGCUUUUUCAGUUUGGUGUUUUACGAAGCCACGUAAUGGAGAGGACACCCAGCUUCUUUUUUCCUGCUGCUGAGCAGUCAGUUUUAGUCGCUGCAGCGCUUCCAGAUUUACCUCGAUGUGCUUUUGUCAUCAUAAUCCCUCCUCCAUGUCAAGACUGAUUUGCUUUCCUAGUCAAGACUCGCAUCGUCCGUUUUUGCGUUCCAUUUCUCCUUCUCCUUUUUUUUGGUUCUAUUGAUCAAUAACAAAUCGGGAAGAUGUUGGUAAACCAGUCAGGUAUAUGCUUGCUAGCUGGAGUCUGUGCUACGCUCAUUGCCCUGGCUUUAGCCUAUUACUUGUAUUGGACCAUUAUUCUGAGUGACGGCCCUUGCACACGCUUCUGAGUGGUUAUCAUGGGCUUCAUUGCCUUUCUGAAGACCCAGUUCAUAGUUCACCUCCUCAUUGGGUUCGUCUUUGUUGUGAGUGGACUGAUCAUUAACUUCAUUCAACUAUGCACGCUAGUCCUCUGGCCCAUAAACAAGCAGUUUUAUCGCCGAGUAAACUGUCGCCUUGCCUAUUCGCUGUGGAGCCAGUUGGUAAUGCUGCUGGAAUGGUGGUCAGGCACAGAGUGCACCUUGUUCUCAGACGAGGCCACGGUGAACACCUUUGGGAAAGAACACGUCAUCAUCAUCUUGAACCACAACUUUGAAAUUGACUUCUUGUGCGGCUGGACUAUGACAGAGCGCUUCGGAGUGCUAGGGAGUUCCAAAGUUCUUGCUAAGAGAGAGCUACUAUAUGUGCCCCUAAUUGGCUGGACGUGGUACUUCCUCGAGAUUGUUUUCUGCAAAAGGAAAUGGGAAGAAGACAGAGAUACGGUUAUUGAAGGAUUAAAACGUUUGGCUGAUUAUCCUGAAUAUAUGUGGUUUCUCCUGUACUGUGAAGGAACUCGUUUUACAGAGACCAAGCAUCGUAUCAGUAUGGAGGUAGCUGAAUCCAAGGGGUUGCCUAAGCUGAAAUACCACCUGUUGCCCAGAACCAAAGGUUUCACCACUGCUGUCCAGUGUCUCAGGGGAACAGUUUCAGCAGUGUAUGAUGUAACACUAAAUUUCAGAGGAAACAAGAACCCAUCUUUAUUAGGAAUUCUUUAUGGAAAGAAAUAUGAAGCAGAUAUGUGUGUAAGGAGAUUUCCUCUGGAAGAUAUCCCUCAAGAUGAAAAGGAAGCUGCAAACUGGCUUCAUAAGCUUUACCAGGAAAAGGAUGCUUUGCAAGAGAUGUAUAAUCAGGAAGGCAUAUUUCCUGGCCAGCAGUUUAAACCUCCUAGGAGACCAUGGACUCUCCUAAACUUUCUUUUUUGGGCCACAGUUCUCCUCUCUCCUCUCUUCACAUUUGGCUUUGGAGUUUUUGCAAGUGGAUCACCUCUCCUUAUCCUUGCAUUCCUGGGACUUGUUGGAGCAGCUUCCUUUGGAGUUCGUAGACUGAUAGGAGUAACUGAAAUAGAAAAAGGCUCCAGCUAUGGCAACCAAGAAUUCAAGAAAAAGGAAUAACUGACAGCUGCAGUUCAGCACAUAUAACCAGACUAUGGUAUCCGAUUUAACUUCAGUUAAAAAACAACAACAAACACUUAGAAACUAUCUUUUUCUUAAUAACUGAUGACUAAUAUUAAUGAAUAAAACUUGAGCCAAGAAUGAAGAAGUUGGAGGCAUCAGCUGAAGAGAACGCAUCAACUUCCUGCCUGUUUAAGGAUUACUGUAGUCAAACUAUGGGAGAAAAUCUGGGGUGGGGUGGAAGAAGAAACUAAUUUUUCUUGCUUUGUUGGGGGACUUGUGGGGGGGGGGGUGAGAAAAGAGGGCAUUGGCCAUGGCCACGUGCAUCUUCAGAUGACUGAAUACACUGGUUUCUGUCAAAAGCACUACACUCACUUUUACAACAGGAGCCAUUGAAUGUUUCCUCUUGCUAAAGCCAACGUAAUGUUUGUUGAUUUCCAACUUUUUUUAUUAAUGAGCCAGGAAAAAACAACCCUUCUUAAGUUAAUCAACAGAUGUUCACUGGGUUAGAGUCAUUUUGGAAAGGCUGUGUUCUCAUGGCUACAGGUGGAAUCCUAUUUGUAUGUGACACUGAUACUUUUUAUUUUUAGACAAUGUCUUAAAACUUCUGUAAUGCAAGAGAAUGGAUAGUGGAGUUUGGAAGCAGUGUGUUAUUGAUCAGCACAUACCAUAGAACAGAUCCACUAGUAUUAAAACAGUAUAAAUUUCUCAUCCUAUCUCCUGCUAACUGCUCAAGGCUGCUUAAUUUCAAAAUACUACUUCAGUCUUGAGUGUUGUUUGCCCUGUUUCACAUCAUACAUGUACGAUAAUCUUGAAUCUGUUGGGGCUCGUUUUGUUUUCUGAAUUAAUGGUGACCGUGGGGUUUGGAGUUGCGCAAAGGAAAUUUAUUCAACUGUCCUGACGUUUUCUCCUUUUAUUUCUGUUCACAUCUCUCAUCACCGAAGUCCAGUUCAGUCAACCUGUCUUGGUAAACUGGGAGGCAGCAGCAGAAAUCAGCACAGUAGUUUUCAAAAUGUCUUCCUUUACAAAAAAAUUUGAAAAGGAGAGGUCUGUAGCAGUCAGAUUUCAAAUACUGGCAUCUCUUGAACUUUUAAUGAGAGUUCUGACAUUGAUUCAAAUGGGGCCAGGAUCUUACCCUGUGUGCUGUAAUGAUAGGGUGUGCUGCACUUUCUACUUGGUCGUGCUUUAGAUGUUAAUGUGAAGUAUAUUGCAAGGUGAGCUGUGCUGUUAAGAAUUAGAAAGAGUAUGGGGUCUCUUCAGGGAUUUUAAAUAUCUUUAGUUUUGCUUGUUGACCUUUUGGGUUUUUUCACUGAAAAUUAGAAAUCAGAAUCAUGGCUGUA